AUGUGCAUCGACUUCAGAGAUCUCAACAAAGCACGCCCUAAAGACGAUUUUCCUCUACCUCACAUCGACACACUGGUAGAUAACACUGCUGGACACAAGAUCUUCUCUUUCAUGGAUGGUUUCUCCGGUUACAACCAGAUCAAGAUGGUCAUCGAAGAUCGAGAGAAGACUUCCUUUAUUACACCAUGGGAAACUUUCUGCUAUCAAGUUAUGCCCUUCGGACUGAAGAAUGCCGGAGCUACAUAUCAACGAGUCAUGACUGCCUUGUUCCAUAAUAUGAUAAACAAGGAGAUGGAAGUUUACGUGGAUGAUAUGAUCGUCAAGUCUCGCACGAUCGACGGACACUUCGAAGACCUUGAGAAUCUCUUCAACAGGCUAGAAAAAUUUAAGCUUCGCCUCAACCCGCAAAAGUGUGUCUUCGGUGCAACCGGGGGCAAGCUAUUAGGUUUUAUUGUCAGCGAAGAUGGUAUCCGGGUUGAUGAGACUAAGACCAAGGCAAUCAUCGAAAUACCGCCGCCUAAGACUGAAAAGAAAAUUCGAGGCUUCCUCGGACAGAUCCAGUAUAUCAGCCGAUUCAUCGCACAGCUCACUUCGGUCUGUGAGCCCAUAUUCAAACUGUUAUGGAAGAACUCGCCAAAAGAAUUGAAUGACGAUUGCCAAGCGGCCUUCGACAAGAUCAAAAAAUACCUGCUAAAUCCUCCAGUGCUCAUGCCACUUACUCCGGGUAGGCCAUUAUUGCUAUAUAUCUCCGUCGCAGCAGAAGCAAUUGGAUAUGUUCUUGGCCAACACGAUGAUACAGGAAGAAAAGAGCAAGCAAUCUACUAUCUAAGCCUACAAUUCAUAAGCUAUGAAGCCAAAUAUUCUAGCUUAGAGAAAACGUGCCUUGCCCUAGUCUGGGCAACACAACGACUACGACACUAUAUGAUCGCUCACCCGAUCCUUCUGCUCGCUCGCAUGAACCCGUUGAAAUACUUGUUCGAAAAGCCGGCACUAACGGGUAGGAUCGCAAAAUGGCAGCUAUUGCUUUCAGAGUUCAGCAUCACUUAUGUCACCCAGAAAGUAAUCAAGGGGCAAACAUUGGCCGACCACUUAGCAGCCCACUCUCUGCCGGAUUAUCAACCAUUAAAGACCUUCUUUUUCGACGAGGAUAUUCUCCUGAUUAAGGAGGAAGAAGGAAGAAAGGCAGGAGAGUGGACACUCUUCUUCAAUGGAGCCAUAAACUCAAAAGGAAGUGGAGUAGGUGACAUACUUUAUUCUCCUGAGGACGUCCCAAUUCCCAUAUCCAGAAGGCUGGCAUUUCAAUGCACCAACUACGUAGCUGAAUAUGAAGCAUGCAUCGCUAGUAUAAGAGAAACCAUCAUCCUCAAUGUGAAGAAGUUAGGAGUCUUUGGAGACUCACAACUCAUCAUCAAUCAGAUAAAUGGUGAUUGGAAGACCAAAGAUGAAAAGUUGAUUCCAUAUCAUGUCUACCUGGAAAAUUUAGCCGAGGAAUUCGAGGAGAUCACAUUCUCUUACAUGCCCCGAAUUAAGAACCAAUUUGUAGAUGCUUUGGCCACCCUCCCCUUAAUGCUGGAAAUUCCGAAAGGAGUUACUGAAUGGGAACUCACCGUCGAACUCCAAGAGGAACCCGCAUUCUGCCUACAGAUUGAUGAAGCAGAACCUCCCUCAAAUGAUCAGCCGUGGUACAUGGACAUCAAGAAAUACCUCGAACAUCAAAAGUACCAGGAAGGAGCAAUGCCAGUUGAUCGACGCACCAUCCAAUGGCUAGCGGCACAGUUCGUAAUCACUGGGGGCAUUCUUUACAAGCGAUCCUUCAACCAAGUCCUUCUCCGCUGUGUGGAUGAGACAGAAGCGGCACAGAUCAUGGUCCCUCAGGCCAUUAUUACUGACAACGGAACUCCGUCCAUCAAUAAAAGGAUGGGCGAUUUCCUUGACAAGUUCAAGAUUCAACGGCAUCGGUCAAGCCCCUACCGUCCUCAAAUGAACAGUGGGGUCGAAGCCGCAAACAAAGCUGUCAUUCGCAUACUGGAGAAGAUGUCUGCUACAGGUGCAACUCCUUACGAACUCGUAUAUGGAAUGGAAGCAGUACUGCCAGUCGAAAUCGAAAUCCCAUCACUGCCGAUAUUGUUGGAAAGCGAAGUCGAGGAAGGCGAGUGGCAAUACGCAAAAUAUGAUCAACUGCAUCUGGUAGAUGAAAAGCGCAUGUGA